AUGUCAAACGAGUUUCUCGCUCUUCAGCAUCAAGGAAUGUGGUCGCUUGUUCCUCCGCCUGUCAAGGAUCCAAUCCUCGGCUGCAAAUGGACAUUCAAAACAAAACUCCUGCCAAAUGGUCAAAUCGACAGAUACAAGGCCCGCCUUGUAGCUCAAGGCUUCAACCAAACUCUAGGCGUCAACUACACCGAAACCUUCAGUCAUGUUGCUAAAAAGCCAACUAUCAGAGAUAUUGCACGGGAAUCCUCUACUGUUAAGGAGUUGGAGACAUUCACGGAGCUAAGAAGAGAAGCUAGAGAGGCUAAGAGGAAGCAUUCCAUAACUCGUGCUCAAGAAUAUUUCUUCCCUACUGAAUCUGAAAGUUUCCAGCUCAAAGGAACUUGUUUUCCAAUGGUAGCAUCAGAUGCAUUUGCAGCCUUGGGAAAGCUUAAAAUGUGCGUAUCAAAUGGCUGA